CUGUAUAAUAUGAGUCGUUGUACUCUACUCUACCUAUCUCUCUAAGGAGAAAUCCUUGAGGACAAAGCAAAGCGCGCAGCUAGUCUGCCUUUGUCGAUAAGCACCUUAUAUACAUGCUACCACUUCUUCCUCCUCCACCACCUCCUCCUCCUCCUCCUCCUUUUUCUUCUUCUGCUUCUUCUGCUUCUUAUUCUUACCUAGGUAGGUGCAGGGUAUACGUUGCGUAUAUAGGUAUUUGCGCUUCGAUAUAUUUUACCCACGGUACAAUAUGUGCAUAGAUGCAUACGUGGGAGAAGAGGGAGAAGGAGAAGGAGAAGGAAAAGAAGAGGAAGAGGAAGAGAAGAGCUUGGCCGUUCUCGAAAGAGAGAAAAAGAGGAUAGAUGUGAGAUGCGGGAGACCAUCGAGAGGACCGGUUUUGUGUGCUUUGGUAUUUGUGCCCCGCAAGUUGUGUGUUCAGGGUCCGAGGAAGCUGCUGUGCACUUUGCAUACUCUGUUAGCCUUUAUACACCACUAUGAGGGCAGGCUUGCAACGCGUUCGAGAUCGCCGAUAUCUUCGCUAUUCGCUGGACAGUUCUCUUAUAGGAGCCGAAAAUUUACUUCGGACAUUGGAAUUGUUGGAAAGUUUGGAAGGAGAGCGACGACGCCGGCGUUGUUUUGUUGGUGUCUGCACCGCACUUCGCGGUAGUGUACACCUAACGGGGGCUGGAUCAGGGAAUCUUUUCGGAUCACCUUCGAACGACCAGACACACCGGAGAUCCAGCUUAGGAAACAGAUCGGAUCCAGAACUACAAGAUAUACCCAUAUACCAACUGCAUAUUAUGUGAGUGAGGGAAGAAAGAAAAAAAAUCGUGUAUAUCCUACUCCAAGGGACCCAUUUAAUAAGCGGGGAGUUUAGGCAUCCGGCCAACAAAGGGUAGAAACCUUUUGCAAAGAGAGUUUUACGACACGUGCAGCAGCAGCAGCAGCAACGGC